AUGAGUUCCACACAAACACCAUCCAGUGCUAUUCAAGAGGAAGCUUACCCGUAUCCGUACACCGUAAAUGUUGCCAAUUUUGUCUCUGUGAGGCUCUCGGGCCACGACAACUACCCGUUGUGGCGAAAACAAAUGCUUUGCCUCAUGGAAGGUCAUGACAUGCUUGGGUUCAUCGAGGGCAUACGACCCGAGACUGAAACCAAAAAACAUCAGUGGUGGCGGAGGUCCGACGCCCUAACCCAGGGGUGGAUAUUAGGGUCUCUAAGUGAAGAUGUGCUCACUACCACCAUUAACUUUAAAACUGCCAAAGAUAUUUGGCUACACUUAGAAAAAAGUUAUGGUUCUUCUUUGCCAUCACAGUCUGGAUCAAUUCCGGAGCUGAAAAAAGAAACUAUGAGAUCGACUCCUCCGCAUUGGAACUCUAUGCCGGUACUUCCGGAUCGUAGUGUGUCGCAACAAAUCGAUCUGAAAGGGGAUUCAUUGACGCCAGCCGUGGAACGCAGUUUCAACGGCAGGUUUGGGAAAUCAUUGGUGUUAGAAAGGGCUGUUUCCCCGGAGGAGGGCCUCACAGAGAUUUUGCCAACAAUUCUUCCUUUGGAUUUAGCUCAGAAUACUACUGAUUCCUUACACGAACCAAUGACAUAUCUCCCGUUGUAUAAAGCCGCCCUUAGAGGUGACUGGGAUGCUGCACAAGAAUUUAUAGAUGAAGACGAAGAAGCAUGCACAGCCAAUAUCAACAAAUACGGCUUUACGGCUCUUCAUAUUGCAAUUGGGACAGGAAAACAAGGAAUUAAUUUUGUUGAGAAAUUGGUGGAAAAGUUACCACCUAAUUCUCUUCUAGAAAUGUUAACUUCUUCAGCAAAAUACACACCACUUCAUAUUGCGGCAGUUGUUGGCAACAUUGAAGCGGUUAAAAUCUUGGUGAAUAAAAAUCAAGGAUUGUUAUAUGUUAAAGAUGUGGAUGGAUUACUGCCCAUUCAUCGAGCUCUUAUUAAUUCUCAUAAAGAUACAUUUUUAUAUCUAUUGGUUGUCACGAAAGACAAUGAAUAUCCUUUUACAUUCACCGGAUACAUGGGUGUGACACUUCUGUCUAAUGUUAUUUUUGCAGGAUAUUUUGAUAUUGCACUUGGUUUAGUCACUCGAUAUCCUGAAUUAGCUAGAACGCUACCAAAUGAUGAUGUUGAUGCUCCUUUAAUGGCGAUAGCAAGAAAAGCAGAUGCGUUCAAGAGUGGAUGUCCCCUCAAUUUCUUUGAUAGUUUAAUCUAUAAACAUGUUCCUUUGAAGUUGGAGAGCCCCAACUCAAACAAAAAAGAGGGGAAGAUGAACUUAUUAACUUCAGUUCUUCAAGAGAUCAAUCUUGUUGUCUGGAAGGUUUUGGGUAGGUUCGUGCCACAUAUUACACACAUUCAGAAGCUAAAGCUGAACCAUCAUCAAGCUCUUACACUCGUGAAAUGUUUAUGCCAAGAAAUCAGUGCAUUAAAUCUUCCAUCAAAUAGUGACUAUUAUUCUAAUCCAAUUGUUGAGGCAUCAACCAAUGGUGCUUAUGAGGUUCUUCAAGAAAUAGCAGAAAUAGCUGACACAUUUCCUCAAGCAAUUUGGUAUGCUGAUAAGAGUAAGCAUUACAUGAUCCAGUUGGCAAUCCUUCAUCGAUGUGAAAAGGUUUACAAUUUGACUUAUCAAAUGAGCGAUCAUAAGCAUUUUCACAAGACUCUUAAGGAUAAUGACCAUAAUAAUCUCUUGCACUUGGCGGGAAAACUGGCACCUCAACAGAAACUCAAUCUUGUUUCUGGUGCAGCAUUACAAAUGCAACGCGAAUUACAGUGGUUUAAGGAGAUAGAGACGUUCGUGCAUCCAAAGUACAAAACCGAAAGGAACAAAGACAAUGAGACACCUGAGAUGUUAUUUCGCAAGGAACAUAAAAAACUAGUGAGAGACGGUGAAGAAUGGAUGAAAAAAACAGCCGAUUCAUACACAAUAACAGCAGGCCUCAUAACCACAAUGGUUUUUGCAGCAGCCAUUACAGUACCAGGUGGCAACAAUGGCGAUACAGGCCACCCUAUUUAUGCAAAAACACUAUCUUUCCUAAUAUUUGCUAUUGCAGAUGCAAUCUCCUUAUUCACAUCCACCACCUCGUUGUUAUUAUUUUUGUCAAUCCUAACAGCCCGUUAUGCAGAACAAGAUUUUCUUCACACGUUACCUUCAAGAUUGAUUAUGGGCCUGGCGACAUUGUUCUUGUCUACAACCUCAAUGAUGAUUGCUUUUGGUGCAUCGUUGUAUCUUUUAUUUGGGCAAGGGAAAGAUUGGAUUUUGAUUCCGAUAGCGGUAUUAUCUUGUUUACCGAUUACUUGUUUUGUGACAUUACAAUUUCCACUUCUUGUAGAGUUAAUAUCAUGUACGUAUGGUCGAGGACUUUUUGGUAAGCAAAGCGAUCGGCCGUUUUAUUGAGUGUUAUCAUAUAAAAUUUUAUGAAAUUUAGAGAACA